AUGGCAAGCCCAACGCCAGCCCCAAGUGCUAUCCAGCGAAGAGUGUGGGAGGGUCGUAUCCCUCUCGAAAUAACACUGUCUCCGGCUGAAUGCCGGACCUAUGACAAGGCAGACCCAUAUCUUAUAUGUUACCCUCGUGUAUCAUAUUUGCCGUUUUUACUCCCGAGGCUACGUGCCUUCUUUGCUACAUCCUUGAUUGAUAUCGAAGCCCAGGACUAUCAAGGCUGGUUUUCAUUUGAAGGGGUUCCCCUGAAGUGGCACUAUCCCCUCGGACUCCUGUAUGAUCUAUAUUCGGGAGCAGAUCCAGUUACUUCCAAGUCUACCGUUGGCGAACACCUUUCGCAUACAGCUUCUCCACGACAGCCAAAUGAUCCUGAAUCCCACAAUGUGCACGAACCCGGCGACCCAAUUCCCUGGCAGUUGCAGGUUCAUUUUAGCGAUUGGCCGGACCAGGAGCUUGUUCGGCUCGAUGCUGACGGAAGAGUUAUUCAUGAUGCAUUCAUUAAUAGUGUCAAAGAAGCCGAUUUUGUGCGGAAUGGAACCGCAAAGCGUAUCAUGACAUUGUCUAAGGAGGAUUCAUCUGGAUUGUGGCAAGCUGUCCAAGAGCAUGACUUCACAAACUUCCAACGGAUUUCCAACAUCCUCAUCCCCGGCGGGCCCAAUCAAUUCCGAAACAUCCCACUGAGGAUUUUCCUGCCAUCUCCACCGAACUCUGCUACCCCGUCACUUAAAGUAAUACAGUCUCUGUUUCCACCCACGAUUCCGCCCGCUGCCAAUCAAACUGGAGCACCCGGACGACAAACCCAACCGCAGCAACAGACUAUAGGAUCGAGUCUAAAUUCGCUUCUUCCCAGCCUCUUCCCCAGCAAACGGAUCCCAGUCCUGGCGAAACCUGUGCUCCAGGGGGCUGUUGUUCCUAUGACCGCACCGCUGGAGGAGGUUGUGCGUAUAGCCGGGUAUGCAGAUGGCUGGUUAGCCAUUGUGGUGUCCAUGGUGGGGUGA